AUGCCUCUGUCCCACGUCCUCCUGACCCGCACUCCGUCCUCACUCCUCCCCCUUCCAUUCCCUUCAGCACGUGGGGCGAGGGGGCAGCGCGGCGGGGCAGCAAGAGGACUUCUCUGCUUAAUCCCCCCCUUCCAUUCCCUUGAGGUCUACUCGUGGGGCGAGGAGGGCGACGGGGCAGCGCGCGCGCAUCAAGAGGCGUCCCUCUGGUUAACCCCCCCCUUCCAUUCCCUUCAGCAUGGCGGGCAGCGUGGAGACGACACGGCGGGCGGCACGGACGGAGGUGAGGUGCUGCUCCAUCGCUGCAGUGGGGUCUACUCGUGGGGCGAGGAGGGCGACGGGGCAGCGCGCGCGCAUCAAGAGGCGUCCCUCUGGUUAACCCCCCCCUUCCAUUCCCUUCAGCAUGGCGGGCAGCGUGGAGACGACACGGCGGGCGGCACGGACGGAGGUGAGGUGCUGCUCCAUCGCUGCAGCGGGGUCUACUCGUGGGGCGAGGAGGGCGACGGGGCAGCGCGCGCGCAUCAAGAGGCGUCCCUCUGGUUAACCCCCCCCUUCCAUUCCCUUCAGCAUGGCGGGCAGCGUGGAGACGACACGGCGGGCGGCACGGACGGAGGUGAGGUGCUGCUCCAUCGCUGCAGCGGGGUCUACUCGUGGGGCGAGGAGGGCGACGGGGCAGCGCGCGCGCAUCAAGAGGCGUCCCUCUGGUUAACCCCCCCCUUCCAUUCCCUCCAGCAUGGCGGGCAGCGUGGAGACGACACGGCGGGCGGCACGGACGGAGGUGAGGUGCUGCUCCAUCGCUGCAGCGGGGUCUACUCGUGGGGCGAGGAGGGCGACGGGGCAGCGCGCGCGCAUCAAGAGGCGUCCCUCUGGUUAACCCCCCCCUUCCAUUCCCUCCAGCAUGGCGGGCAGCGUGGAGACGACACGGCGGGCGGCACAGCGGACGGCACACGGACAGAGGACCCGAAGACCGCCCCCGACUGCGGCAUAGGUGUUGUGCGGCAGGGGUGGCUGACGGCGUUGGGUCGGACGCGGCCCGCGCCUGAAGCGCCCCUGUGUGUGAGUGAGUGCUCUGACGAGGGAUGGGGGGACGCUCCCUGA